AUGGCUUCCCCUCCCUCACUCAAAACUCUCAACUCCAUCAACCUCUUCUCCAUCAAACCCCCUUCACCUUCUCUCUCAUCCAUGAAGCUCAAAACACUCCUCCAAACCUUCUUCUUCUCCCACAUCUACCGCGCCCUCUCCAAAGCCAAAUCACUCCUCCUCCAAAUAUUUAAGCUAAUGCGCAAGCGCAAGCAUAAGAAGCUCUACUUCGCCUCAUUUCGGCUCCACUACAACUGGUGCUCCUCUUCUCGCUCGCUCUGCUACCCCGCUUCCCUCCGCUACGACGUCGACUGCUCCGGCGAGCUCUCCAAGUACCUGCAGUGGCUGGACGAGAGAGGCGAUGAGGAGUCGUGCAAUGAGAUUGAUAGGCUCGCUGAUUUGUUCAUUGCUGAUUGCCAUGAGAAGUUCAGGUUGGAGAAGCAAGAAUCUUAUAGAAGAUUUCAAGAAAUGAUGGCUCGAAGCGUUUGA